GUGACCACACUCGGACGGGCCAUUCUCAUCCUAUCUCUUCUAUAUACUCGUACUUGACACGCACAAGGCAUCGUUCGAAGUCAGCGUGUUGGACCAGCAGCACUGUCGUUGAUCGCGUGUAGCUAUGGUUUCGCGGGUAGUGCAAGAUAGUGAAAGAGAAGCCGUGAAGUGAAUCGAGUUAGGUGUACGUGGAAAGGGAGUGAAUCUCUACGAACCGCGGUGCCAGAGGGUAUACUUAUCGAACGUCACAUUCACGCGAGAUAAACAACACGCGCCGACGGUAGACUCGUUGCGCGAGUCUGUUCUCUCUCGCUCGGGAAUAAUAUAGUGGUGAGAUCGUCUUUCUCUGCGCCGAGAACAACAGAGAACAACAGAAGUGGAAGGGAAGAGCGAAGAGGGUGAGUCGCGCGUGUCUCUCUCGUGGUGUGUCAUGGGGUGUUUCGGCAGCCAGAGCAGUAAGGCCAGUCAGGAUGACAGCAAGAACCAGAAGAGGCGCUCGGAUGCCAUUACCAGGCAAUUGCAAAAGGAUAAGCAAGUUUACCGGGCUACCCAUAGGCUCCUUUUGCUCGGAGCGGGAGAAUCCGGAAAGAGCACCAUCGUCAAACAGAUGAGGAUAUUGCACGUGAAUGGUUUCAGCGAAGCGGAAAAGCGGCAAAAAAUCGAGGACAUCAAAAAGAACAUCAGAGAUGCGAUAGUGACGAUAACCGGCGCGAUGAGCACGCUAACGCCACCCGUUACUUUGGAGGAUCCGGCGAAUCAGAGUAAAGUCGACUAUAUCCUGGAUGUCUCGUCCUCCCCGGACUUCGAUUAUCCCCCGGAGUUCUACGAAAUCGUCGAAACUCUUUGGAAGGACCGGGGCGUUCAACAGAGUUUCGAGAGGAGUAACGAGUACCAACUAAUUGACUGCGCCAAAUAUUUUCUAGAUAAGGUAGCCAUUGUUAAACAACCGGAUUACACCCCCACAGAACAGGACAUCCUCAGGUGUCGAGUCCUCACGUCCGGUAUCUUCGAAACGCGGUUUCAAGUCGACAAAGUAAACUUUCAUAUGUUCGACGUUGGUGGUCAACGCGACGAGAGGAGAAAGUGGAUACAGUGCUUUAACGAUGUAACGGCAAUCAUAUUUGUAACAGCAUGUAGUAGUUAUAACAUGGUACUCAGGGAGGAUCCGACAAAGUUGAGACUCAAAGAAAGUUUGGAUCUCUUCAAAAGCAUUUGGAACAAUCGGUGGCUCCGCACAAUUUCUGUAAUCUUAUUUUUAAACAAACAAGAUCUAUUAGCGGAAAAGAUAAAAGCAGGGAAGCACAAAUUAGAAGACUAUUUUCAAGAGUUUGCGCGAUAUCAGACGCCGGUUGAAACUGGGGUCGUUGCAGAUCCUUCGGAACCUCCUGACGUUAUGAGGGCCAAGUACUUUAUUAGAGACGAAUUUCUUCGUAUAAGCACAGCGAGCGGCGACGGCAAGCACUAUUGUUAUCCGCACUUUACAUGCGCCGUCGAUACGGAGAACAUCAAGAGAGUGUUUAACGAUUGUCGGGACAUCAUUCAACGGAUGCACUUGCGCCAGUACGAGCUCUUGUGACUUCGUUCCUGCCGACAUGUCCUGUCAUCUAUUCGUAUAAAAAUUACGGUAGUGCUCCAUCUUGAGCUAACGCGAGUCAAGCCAGUCGUACUGUGGGCGAUCUGAAUAGUAUCGCGAUGUACGACGACACAACGUUGGUGCGUGGAACUCUUCUUCGCGUAUCUGAAGCGUUUAAUUAUUCAGAAAGUAACGCGUCGAAGAAUCCGCGCGUACGCAUACAUGAUUGAUGACUGCGAGUCGAUCGUUCUUCUUCGACGGAGAGUUCAAGGAGAAAAGUUGAUACGCAGCGGUUGGGGAUUACCUAAAAAAAAAAAAAAAUCUGUCUCGCAAUGGAGAGAGUAGUUCUCUUUUUUGCACAGAAUCGCUUACUAUGUCAUUGGUGUACAAGCAAAUUAUGCCCUUGCGCAUUCUACUCUAACGAUCGUUUCGAUAGAAAAAAAAAAAAAAAAAAAAAAAGAAAAGAUGUCUCGGGCAUUUCGAUCACUCGACUCCUUUUUUAGGUUUUGUCGAGAGUGUGCUGAACGUCGUGAUUUGGGGGGAAAAUAAUAUUCGUUGCUAGAAAAACACGUGCAAUUUUAACUAUUACCUCGUUAAUUUUAUUCUUAUUACGCAUCAAUUCGUUGAUAAGAGAGUGAGAGAAAGAGAGAGCGAUUGGAAGAGAGCGAAAGCGUACGAAUGUCUUAACGUGGGCCAUUGUUACAGAGUAACAUGACGGCGAUCGUGUAACGGCUCUUUCGUCCGGCACACUCGUCGCGUUAUUAUCUCGUUCAGAUUUAGUAUUAAGAAUGUUUCCUAAGACUUAGGUGAUUUCUCCGAUAAAAAUCCUUAUCGUUGAACAUUUCUUUACUCAUUUUUCGAAUCUCUAUUUUUUCCUUAACCCUUAAAACGAUUUAAUUAUACGAUCUCCGUGUUUAUUGGUAAAUUAAUUUUUUCGAAUUUCCGAAUCUCAACUUUUAAUCGCAUUGGCCCGACCCGUAGGAGUCUCAGCCGCACCUUUUUACAAGAAGAGUAUUUUGUGAGAUUUUACAGUAUUUCGAAGAGCGUUUUAAUUAUAUAACUAUGUAUCAAAUAUGUACAGGGUGACCGUCCACGGAUUCAUGUUUUUAUGUGCGUUUCCUAUGAAUCGAGAUUCCUCACUGAUAUCGUUUUUACUGAUUUCCAUUGAACUACUUUAAUUCGUGUACUUAGGCACAUAUAUUAUCAUUGUAGCUAGUGUCUACAUAUAAAUCCUAAACGUACGCAAGAGAAAUGUGCCACGUGGGAAAUUCGUUUUACACGUACACUUCUGACUAUAGUGUUAGGCUCCAACUUUACAACAAUCAAAGUACGUCAAUGUAAACGUUAUAACAUACGGAGGUAUAAUAUGUUGCUUAUUUAUUCGACUUCGUAACGUAAAGUCCCGCGUCUCGUUUUCGAGUAAAUGCUUUAUGUCCCGAGGGUAUGCAACGGUAACAUGUACAAAUUUCGAUCGGUGCAUCCAAAUGAUCAGUUAUCAUCGGAACUUCUUAGGGUAAAGUUUCCUGAACCAAAGUGCGAUGUGCGAAUUUCUUAUCUCACGUAUCUUUACUAUUUGGACACCCUGUAUAUGGUAAGUCUCCUCUUAUUUUCUUUCGAAUCACAAUUGUACUUUUUCCUCUCA